AUGCCUAGAGGAGGUGGCCUACAGAAGAGGGUGGCGCGCUCGUGCAAGGACUUGCGAGGUCUGGUAACUAACUCAAUCCUCGCGACUGGAGAGUACUGGAUUGAUCCGGAAGGUGACAGGAGACUUUUGAGGGUCUUUUGUGACAUGCAUACCGAUAGAGGGGGGUGGACCCUUGUUACCCGAAUAACACCUGCAGUGGGCCAUGAGCAACAAGUCUCUCAUCACUACCGUGCCGUCAGCAAAGAGAAUUACUCGACCGGGAAUGUUUUAGUGGCGCGUCGUGCGCUGGUCAAACUACAAUCCCUGAUCGCUUUCACACAGCUCCGGUGGCGGUGCCGCAAACAAUCUGUUGGCCGCACCAUUGACAUCAUGACGGCCAAUAACAGCGCAGGAGCCAACGCCCUGGACCACUUCCUGGACAGGGUCACAUUUCCGGACGCGUGGGGCUCGUUUGUCCGUUACCGGACGAUGACUCGAUUUUGACCAGGAAUUGCACCAAUUGGGGCAGCAAUGGUACCUUACCUAAGGGGGGAUGGGGGGAGUACAACCGUAAUCAGGCGAAUAGGAUAUACAACACUGCUUUUUUCUGGUCUGGACGUCACAGCUUUGCUUGUUUUGACCCAAGGUACAAAUGUGAUGAUAACGGAAAGGAGAGGAGUCCUGAGGGUUUCUGGGAGCUGUAUGUGCGCUAAAAAAAUGAUUUUCAUAUAGCAUUUCUCUAAAAGAUUAAAAGCGAGCCAGCAAUGCGUAGAUUAGCGAUACAGGUAAAUAGAAAAUAAGACAGGCACAGAAAAACGCAGAUUUAACGAAUGUUACAUGUACAGCUACUCGAGUAUUAAAAUGAGUACUUAUUAAGUGGUAAA